AGAUGAUGACAGUAUAAGUUCUUGGGGAGGGAGGAUCGGAGAUGAAGAUUUGAGAUCCUUGGGGGAGGAGCGGGGAAUGGAGAUGAAGACUUGAAAAGCAUAUUGAAGAUCCAAACCGAUCGCUUUUGUGGAUAAAACUGGCCAAAGAAACCUGAUAAUGGAAGAUGAGUCGAAGCUAGUAGUAGUUCAUAAAGGGGGAUGCCAUUGCAGGAAAGUUCGAUGGGAAGUGAAAGCAGCUGAUAGUGUUGUAGCUUGGAACUGCAAUUGUUCUGAUUGUUCCAUGAGGGGAAACACCCAUUUCAUUGUUCCAUCAGAAAUGUUUAAUCUGAUCGGAGAUUCUGAACAGUUCCUAACAACCUACACAUUUGGAACUCACACAGCUAAACAUAAAUUCUGUAAAGUAUGCGGGAUAACCUCAUUCUACAUCCCGCGAUCGAACCCAGAUGGGAUUGCUGUUACAUUCAGGUGUGUAGAUCCUGGAACUCUGGCUCAUGUUGAGAUUAAGAAGUUUGAUGGAAACAAUUGGGAGGGAUCAUAUGUUAAGACUGGUAUUGCAUCAUGUUCGAAUCUGAAUUCUUAAAGUGUAUUUUGAACUUAUUUUGUUUGAUGUGUGGAUUGAAAUUGUUU